AUGCCUGCUCGCGUCAAUGGCUCGGCCAAGCCUCGGUUUGAGCUUCCCGCGCUCGACUUGAACUUCGGGAGCAUCACCGACGGCACCAAUAUCCCCCCUCCUCCAGAUUCGCCCAAGGUGCCCACGCCGCCCCAGACACCUCCUCCGACAAAGAAGACCGACUCCGCCGUGGUCAGUGGGCAUGAGACCGACAAGUCUACACCACCAAACAAUGGUAAUAUUGCCGGAACCAAACGACCCGCGGAUGAGGCGCCCCUGAGCCCCGCUGGCUCUGCUAGACAGGGCAGCCUCCGCAAACUACUUAGUAGGAAUAUGCUGAACACUAGUUUUGUAGAGGGCAAUGCGGCUUCGAUGGACAAUGGUAGCCUGGCCGCCGGUAGCAGACCUCCUAGCCGCGGCGGCAGCAGCGUCAUGGGCGGACGAAAAUCGAGGCGGAGUAGCUGGUUUGGCCUCUUCAAAAGCGGCGAAUCCAAGCGAUCAAGCAUCUUGUUUGAUGAUGUCCCUUCACCUCGAAAACCAACCGGGCCUCCCCCACCGAUGAUCCCGGAGCUUAAGGACCUCGAAAAAGAUGAAGGAAGCCUGGGGAAUGACCUCUUUAAAAACAUCAAGUGA